AUGGCUGGUUCUUGGGGAUUGGCCUACUUUUUAGAAGCGUUGUUUAUACUUGCGUCAGAUUGUGCUGUUAAAGAAGUGAACUUGAUUCUGAUUCAUGUUUUCCUCCUAGAAAUAGGUGAGAAUAGGCGACUUCAACCGAUCAUACAUAAGAUGUUCACAUCUAAAGAAGUGAUCACUAUAGAAAUAGAGGAGCCGGUUAGUUUAAACUUUUCCCUAAGGUAUUUGAACUCAUCCACCAAGGCAACCCAAGUAACAAACCAGCUGGUGAGAAUCAGCGAAGGCUUUGGAUCUGUCUAUAGAAGAGGAAAACGAAGCUCAAACAGAUACCACACACCGAGUGGAGAAGAAGCCAACAAAGCUGAGCCUGUAGCGGAUAGCAAGCCUGAAUUGGAGAGCAGGAGCCAGAAGAGGAGAAUAAGGAGGGUGAAACUCAAUGCCACAGCAGCCACAACUGCGGAACAGAAAAACAAGCCUCAAGUGGAGACAAGCGCUGAAAUUGAAGUGAUUGAUCCACUGAAAGAAUGA